AUGUCAAAUAAUCAACAAUAUGAUACCAAAUGCUUAGAUCACCCAUAUCAAGAUAUUAUUUCAAUAUGCUCAAAUUGUCCAAACAACACUCCUGUCUGUAUUGAUUGUAUUACUGAUAUUCAUUAUGGUCAUAAUUUUAAAAAAUUAAAUGAUAUAAAUUUUAGAAAUCAAAUACAACAAGAAUUUAAGGAUCAAACAAUACCAAAACUAAACAACUAUUUAGAAAAUAAUAAAAAAAUAUUGGAUAAAUCAAACAAUCACUUUAAACAAAUUCAAGAUAACCAUACAAUGAAUUAUGAUAAAAUUUUUAAAAUAUUUAAGGAAUUAAAAAAUAUUAUUGAUGCAAAAGAAAACGAUAUCACAAGGUUAUUAUUAACUAAACUAAAUGAAAAUACAGAUGUAAAUGAAAUAAUAACAACAACAAUAGAAAGAAAUAAUAAUAUAAUUAAUAAUGCUAUUCAAUAUAAUAAUUAUUUUAAUAAUGAUGUUAAUCAUAAUAAUAAUAAUAAUAAUAAUGGAUUUAUUGAACUUUUAAAACAUAAUCAUCUAUGUAACAAUCUUUUAUCAAAUAUAAAAAAUAAUAACUUACCAGACUAUAAAGAUACUCAAUUAAUAAUUAAAGAAAAUAGUCUCAAAUCAAUCAAAAAUCUAACAAACAGUUAUUUAGAAUUACUUGAUGAUGUUUCUUUAGUUAAAAAAGAAUUAAAAACACUAAAAUUGUAUCAAAAAGAAUUUAAAAUUUAUGAAGAAGGGUGUGAUAUUAGUCAUUUAAAUAUUGCAUUCCUUGCAAUUGGACCUAUCGAAUGUUUACCCAAAACUAUUCCUGAUUUAAUUCCAGCAACAGUCACACAUUUAUAUUUACAAGAUGGCUUUAAUCAAUUACUCGAUUUUAUUCCACCCCCUGUACAAUAUUUGUAUUUACAUAACAUCAAGUAUCAAUUAAUACCUGGUUCAAUUCCAGCAACUGUUACACAUUUAUUUUUACUUGAUGGCUUUAAUCAAUCACUUAAUUUUAUACCACCCACCGUCCAAUAUUUGUAUUUAGAAAACAUCAAGUAUCAAUUAACACCUCAUUCAAUUCCAACAACAGUUACACAUUUACACUUACAAGAUGACUUUGAUCAGCCACUUGAUUUUAUACCACCCACCGUAAAAUACUUGGCUUUACAAAACAUCAAGUAUCAAUUAACACCUGAUUCAAUCCCAGAAACUGUUUUAUAUUUAUAUUUACAAGAUGGCUUCAAUCAAUCCCUUGAUUUUAUACCACCCACCGUACAAUACUUGUUUUUAGAUAACAUUAAUUAUCAAUUAACACCUGAUUCAAUUCCAUCAACUGUUACAGAUUUAUAUUUACAAGAUGGCUUUAAUCAAUCACUUGAUUUUAUACCACCCACCGUACAAACGUUGUGUUUAGAAAACAUCAAGUGUCAAUUAACACCUGAUUCAAUUCCAGCAACAGUUUUACAAUUAAAAUUACUUGAUGGCUUUGAUCAACCACUUAAUUUUAUACCACGUACCCUACAAAGGUUGUAUUUACAAAACAUCAAGUAUCAAUUAGUACCUGGUUCAAUUCCAGCAACAGUUACACAUUUAACUUUACUUGAUGGCUUUAAUCAACCACUUACUUUUAUUCUCCGCACCGUAAAAUACUUGUAUUUACAAAACAUCAAGUAUCAAUUAACACCUGGUAAAAUUCCAAAUCAUUUAACUUUACUUAAAUUUUCUAGUGGUUUCUCUCAGCGUUUUGCCAAAGGUAUCAUCCCUGGCUCUAUAACUCAUAUUCAUAUGGAAGAUGUGGUCUACCCUUUAGAACCCGACUCCAUUUCAAACCCCAAGCAAAAAAUUAAAUAUUAUCCCAACUACAAACAUCCAAAAUUAUAA